AUGUCGUCGCGUGAGGGAAGAAGAAGAAGACAAAGAAGAAGUUCUUUCUCGUCGAACGAGGAGGAGGAAGAGGAGAAGAAGAAGAAGACGAGUGAUAUAAAGAACAGGAAAAAGAGCGAUUUGACGCGCUUGGCGGCGGAAACGAGACGACGCAGAGAGGAGUUUUCGCAAAACAGCGUGAGAUGGGCACGGGAAGAAAAAGAGAGAGUUUUGAAAAAGGUGAAGGAACGGAGAGAGGAGAACGAGAGGAAGACGGAACUGUUUUUACCUUGGAGAAGGAAGAGGAGGGAGAUUAUUGAUGGGAGGAAAAGCGCGUGCGAAGUGAAUUUGUUGAACGCGGCGGGUGAGGAGAAGGAGGGAGAAGAAGAAGAAGAGGAGGAAGAUUUUGGUCUCGUCGUUCCCAGGCACUCGGAGCCGAACGUGCGAUACGCGAGGGAGGAAGAAGAGGAGGAGGAGGAGAAGAAGACUGAUGAACAAAAACGAAACUCUGUGUCGAUUUCAUGGUGGUGCACUUUCACGACGAAUGAUACGGAAAGAGAGAAGCGUGAGAAAGCGAUUGAAAAGUUGCGCGAGCGCAGGCGCGGGAUUUUGUCCUCGGUCAAAGCGGAGAAGAAGAACGAGAAGAAGAAGAAGAAGCACAUUUUUGUACAAAACAAAGAAGGUAAAGAAGAAGAAGAAGAAGAAAAACCAAUCGUAUGCGCGUCUUCUCCGAGACAAAAUUUGAAAUCCAAGCGGUUUCGAAUGAAACAGGAAGUUUCCGAAUCGAAAGAUUUUGCCGGUCAAGAGGCGAAGCUUUUAGCCUCCAUCGCGCGGCUGGACGAAGUCGUGAAACGAACAAACGAAAUAAACGGUGGUGCCUUUGCCAAAGAAAAUGAACUACGAAGGAAAGAAGAAGAGCCAAAAAGAGCGCAACCUCCGCAAGAAGAGCACGCUCUGAUGCGUUCCAUCGCGCGCUUAAAUCUUAAACUCGAGUUGACGCAUGAAACCAUUCAAAUCCACGACGAGAAGCUAUUCCGCGAGCUGCUUCAAAUCUCCUAA